AUGUUCAGACUCCCGAAUAGUGUUUUUGGGAAGGUUCCAUGUCCCGAAUUAGAAGAAUGUGGGCAUUGCUCAGUAGUGAAUUGCAUUUUUGAUCAUAGCUUCACAAACAAGAAGAGAAAGCAACUGGAACCUGGUGUCCAGGACACAAAAAGGACCAGAUCAGACAAUAUAGACAAAGCUACACCAAAAGAGUCCGAGCCAGAAAAAGAUGUGCAGAUUCUCUUGCCUAAAGCGUUGAUAUCUUCUGUGGUGAUCCCUCGAAUAGAGCGUAUUAGCAAUCUCAGGACGAUUGCGAAAUACACACAUCAGCUUUCCAGCGCAACGCCGAACAAGCUAGCCAUUGAAAAAGAACACGAGUUGGCAUGCAGCAGCAAGAAUGCCGACGAGUAUACAAGCAAGGUUCUAGACUUUCUUGGGCUCUCUUCCUCAAAGAAACCGAAAGAAGACCCCAAGCACAUUAUCCCAUUGAACGUAAACCCGUCUCCGGCCAUUCUUCCAACCCGAAGAAAAUUCAUCGAACACAUUGCCCAUGCGAUCCGACGCACACAGCCCGAGAAUCGGUUUCCUGUUUGGACAGCUACAGAAGAGGAGUUUAAGGUUGCUAGCACGAGCUCAUCUACCACAUACAGCACUAACAUACGGCGCAGGCUUUUCGAAAUUAACCACCCUGAAAAAGUAAAGAAGGCUGUCGUUAAGCAACCAGGCAAGCAGGAGUAUUUGCGUGAACUCCAAGCACUCUGUAUAUCGCCCGAAAAAUUGGCAAAAUUUGGAUACAUCAUGGACUUUCCUCCACGUAUUGAAGAACCCACGCAGGAGCGGACUUGUCACCGUUGCAAACUGGAGUUUAAGCUACACGAUGCCACGAAAAAAGUUGACUGUCGUUACCACAGCGGUAAAAUAGUGAAAACGGAUGCGGGGGUCCGGAUUUACCUGUGUUGUGGGGGUGUCUUAGGAGCUACCGAUACGGAGCCUUGCGAAAGAUCAGAUUAUCAUGUUUUUUACUGGAACAAUCCUGAGGAAAUGCAUCAUGCAAUCCCCUUUGUCAAAACUACAAAUUUGUGGGGAACGAGGAAGGGAAGUUUGGAGGCUGUCGGAAUAGAUUGCGAGAUGGGAUUUACCAGCCAAGGUUUCGAGCUACUUCGAAUAACGGCAAUCGAUUUCUUUUCAGGCGAGGAAGCGUUCGACAUUUUAGUUAAACCAAAGGGAGAAGUCUUAGACUUGAACACACGCUGGUCGGGGGUUGCAGAAAUCAAAGAAGAGGCACUCUCCUUCGAAGACUCUAUGGCUUUGCUUGGAGAAGUAAUUGACGCAAAUACUGUGAUGAUAGGUCAUGGAUUGGAAAAUGACAUGAACGCUAUGCGACUUAUUCACACAAAGAUUGUCGACACGGCGAUUUUAUAUCCAAAACAUAAGGCAACGCCAACUUUCAGGUAUUCUUUGAAACAGCUAGCUUUUCAGUACCUUGGGAGAAAUAUCCAAAGUGGACAGCACGACAGUGGAGAAGAUUCUCUUGCAGCAAUUGAUGUUACGAAGCACUUUAUCGAGCAGGAACUCGACAGGCGGAAUAAGGCCACUGCAUGA